AUGGAUUCUGCGAAGUUCCUAGCGGAAAAUGUGCUCAAUGAGCGACGCACGGUCACUUAUCGGUCACUAAGCCGUGCGUUGAAGGUCCACGCGAACCGGGCUAAGCAAAUACUCUUUGAAUUUCAUCGAAAUGAAAACGCGAAGAGAGCACAGAGCGUCCACGCAACCUAUCUCAUCUCCGGCAUUCAGAAAACCCCCGAGGCCCCAGCGACCAACGGCCAUACGAACGACGAAGAUGAGAUCAUGCAAAGCAGUCCCUAUCUGCCUAGCUCCAUGCCGAACCAAGAAAUUGUUUCCGAUGCUGUGCGCGUCGCCUCAAUCAUAUUGGCUCGUGAGGAGGACUUGGAAGAUGCGAAGGCGAUCUUCCAGUCAAUAUCGAUGAUUCAUGUUUACAGCGUACAAUCAUCUACGCUUCAGGAUCUUAAUACUUUGACGGACGUUUGUAGGGAGAUGGCGACCGCUCAUGCGCAAGACGACCCCCUGGAGUGUGGACAACAAUGGGGCAUGAUCCAAAAUCGCAACGUCAAGCGUCGAACCGGAGCCCGCCCACCACCUGCACCCGCGGCUGCUCCAGCACCUAAGGCCAAAGCCGAAUCUACAGUGCUGUCCAAGCAAUCUUUGCAGACGAAACCAGCUCCCGCAAAGGUAGAAAGCAAGCCCGAGGAGUCACAACCGACCAGCGAUUCCCAAUCUUCAGUCAAGUCUACGGGAAAGCCUGCAGCUCCUAAACGAGAGAAGAGCAACCUCUUUAGCUCGUUCGCAAAGACCAAGCCGCCCAAGCCCAAGGCGGCAGAAUCGGCUGCACAGAGUGGUGUGGAAGAUAUGAUGCUGGAUGAUGCUUCUGAAGAUGAACCAGAAGAAUUGUUCCCCAAUACCGCGGACAAAGCCCCUUCCGCCAACCGCGAAAGUAAGAAGGAGCGAGAAGAGAAACUCAAGAAGAUGAUGGAGGAAGAGGACGUUGAUGAUGAGGAAAUGCGCGACGCCGAUGAGGAGCUUCAGCGAGAGCUCACGCCAGAGGAGCAACCGCCACUACUUCCAUCUAAGCCGGCUGAGCUAAAAGAGGAGGUCACCGUGCAGGGUGGGCGUCGGCGCGGGAAGCGGCAGGUGACGAAGAAACGGACGCUGAAGGACGAAGAGGGGUACUUGGUGACUCGAGAAGAAGCGACGUGGGAGUCGUUCUCGGAGGAUGAACCCGCGCCGCCCAAGAAGAAGCCUGCAGUGAAUGUUGCCAAGGGCAAGACGGGCAAACCUGGAGGUCAGGGCAGUAUCAUGUCGUUCUUUGGCAAAAAGUAG